AUGUCUUCUUCGAAGUUUAAAGCUUCUAGUGAAAUUAAAAAAAGAGGUAGUUACAAACUACAAAUAAAGGCAAAACUAAGCUCACAUCUUUUGCUAAAAGAAGAAGAUAGACUUAGACUUAAAUAUCUGUUAGAUAUUGGUGCACCCGGUGUUGUUGAAAUGGAAUGGGAUUUGUCUCAGGAGCAUAAUAUUGCUAUCCGACAAUCAACCAAAACAUUAAUUGUAAAACAAUGUAUAAAUAGAAGUUAUAGAGAAAAAAAUACUACAUCUACUUCCCGGGCAACAGUAACAUGUUAUCCAUAUGUAGGGUGUCUUGCAUUUGCCUCAAUUUUUCUUCGUAAUGAUGAAAUUUGUGGCAUUGCAGGAUACUUGGAACAUAGUGAACAAUGCUUGUCUUCUUAG